UUUCCUGAAAACAGAUCUAGGAUUCCUAAGACCCCUGGGUCCAUCUGGUCAUCCCAGUUGAAGGUUCACUUCCUUCCAGUCAUGAGGCUCUUCAUUCUGCUCUUCUUGACUGUCUUUUCAGAUGCUAUGGUCAUGGACAAAAAGGUCAAGGAAAGCUUUGUGCUGGACACAGCUUCUGCCAUCUGCAACUACGAUGCCCACUAUAAGGACCACCCCAAAUACUGGUGCCGAGGCUAUUUCCAGGACUAUUGCAACAUCAUUGCCUUCACACCCAACAGCACUGACCGCGUGGCCCUGAGGGACAUAGGAAACCAGCUUAUUGUCACUGUGUCCUGCCUGACCAAGGAGGAUACGGGCUGGUACUGGUGCGGCAUCCAGCGAGACUUUGUCAGGGAUGACAUGGAUUUUACAGAGCUGGUUGUCACUGACAACAGAAGAGCCCUCGCCAACAAUUUUUGGUCUGGGAGAGCUGCUCAUAAGGUACUGGCCCUGAACUGGAAAGCUGAUGUGGCUUCUAGCUUCAGUGUUGGUAGAAUUGCUUGA